ACGUGCUGCGCUUCGGGCGAACGGGACCAUGUAACGUGAAAUUCGGUCGACUUUAGCUAAGUAUCAUUUCAAGCAGUAAAUUCCUAGAGAAACGUAGUUUCACUCAGCACUGCGGGAUGAAUACGGCGCCGGGUUUUGUGUUUAUAUCUUUUAAAACGUGGGACGAUACAAAUGAACUUAAUCCGGUGGAUCUAAUUAAAUCACGCAGUAAUCUGACUGCUUCUCAUUUGUAAUGUUCGACAGUUGAACCCGACAGUGCAGGAUGAUUUUAAUGAGAAUAACCGCGGUGACGCCGAGCUGGACCUGCCGGCGGUGCUGCCCCAGACCUGGAGCAGCUUCCUUCGGUCACUCCGCGGCUUUGCGUUUCCCUGGAGACAGCAAGGCGGGCGCGAGCGCCAGGACACCCGUGCCGCCGCGCGCAUCGCCCCGGCGCCGCGGUCACGCCGACAUCGCGUGGGGCGCCCCGCAUCCUCGCGCUCCGGCGCGAGGCAGGAUCUCGCCCGAGCUGCUGAAGCUGCGCGUGGAGGACUUGGCGGAGGGCCGGCGGGGGGCGGAGCGCCAGGAGGGUCGCGGAGACCGCGUGGAGGUCCUGUUCGGCGUGGCCCCCUGCCUCCUGGCCGUCACACAGGGCCGGAGGGAGCUCUAUAGGCUGUGCGUCAAGGAGGGCUUCGGGCCCCAGAGGGACUCCGUGCAGAGGGUGUGCGAGGAGGCCCGCCGCUGGGGCGUACCCAUCCAGCGCUGCAGCAGGACACAGCUGGACUCCAUGAGCGGCAGGCGGGUCCACCAGGGCGUGUGUCUGGAGGCCAGCCCCUUGGAGUUCCUCUCGGACGGGGAAGAUGCAGAGCAUGAGCAGGGAGACACAGACCCCCCCCUUUGGCUGGUACUGGAUGGGAUACAGGACCCCAUGAAUCUUGGAGCCAUCCUGCGCUCUGCCUACUUCCUGGGGGUAGACCGAGUCGCCAGCAGCCUGCGGAACAGUUGUCCCCUGACUCCUGUCGUCAGUAAAGCCAGCUCAGGGGUGAUGGAGGUCAUGGGUGUCUACGGCUAUGACAGCCUCAGCCAGUUGUUGAAGGAGAAGGUGAGUCGGGGGUGGCAUGUUCUGGGCUCUGUGGGGAUGAUGGACAAGAACACGGCCGUCCCCGUGCUGGACUGCGUGGAGUUCCGACUAAGCAGGCCCACUCUGCUGCUGAUGGGGGGGGAGGGCACCGGCCUGUCCCCGGAGAUCCUGUCUCUAUGCCACAGCUUGGUCACAAUUCGUCCUCGUCACCAGCUGCAUCCUGCUGUCGAGUCCCUCAACGUCUCCGUGGCGACAGGGAUCCUGCUGCACUCCCUGCUGAUGUCCCGGGGUGGACCCUGUAGAUGAGCCCUCCCCCGGCACGGCCCCUGAGACUCGGGCAGCCGUGUGGUUCUUCACUGGGGGGUGGAGAUGGGCCAUGGGUGACCUCACUCUCAGCCACCAGGGGGCGCAGGCUGGGUGGUGAUAUCAGAUGGUGGACUCCUCUGAGUGUGUGUGUGUGUGAGUGUGUGUGUGUGUGUGUGUGUGUGUGUGAUGUUGCCUAAGUGGGGUGAUCAGAUAUGAAAGCUGAUGCCCCCCUUUAACAAACACAUUCAAACAGUGUUUUGCCUCUAUUGGUACUGUACACACAAAGUGUAAAAUAACAUUAAAAACUGUUUUAAUGUC